UGGUUCUCUCUGCUUCCUCUUGUGUACCCUUUGCGUCGUCGACACUCGACAGCCUUGUGUUACCGUUUUUACAAUCGACUCCUUCGCCGGAAUAUUUCAUAUAUAUAGUAGAGAUACUGACGUUGCCGAUGAUGGACGGUUCGAUUCCGAUGGAGAACGGCACCGUUUCAUCUGAUCGUGAUGGAUCGGCUCUUAUAUUCCUCGGAACGGGAUGCUCGAGCGCGGUACCUAACGCAAUGUGCUUGAUCCAGCGAUCUGAUAGUCCCUGCUACGUUUGUUCCCAGUCGCUCUCGAUCCCUCCUGAACGAAAUCCUAACUACAGGGGGAAUACUUCAAUGCUCAUUGAUUAUUGUCAAAUUGAUGGCAAACAUAAAUACAUUCAAAUCGAUGUUGGCAAGACUUUUAGGGAACAAGUCCUUCGUUGGUUUACUCUUCACAAGAUUCCUCAAGUUGAUUCUAUAAUUUUGACUCAUGAGCAUGCUGAUGCAGUACUUGGCCUGGAUGAUAUACGUUCUGUGCAACCAUUUAGUCCUACGAAUGAUAUUGAGCCUACUCCAAUUUUUGUAAGCCAAUACGCUAUGGACAGCCUUGCUGUGAAGUUCCCGUAUUUGGUUCAGAAGAAACUUAAAGAAGGCCAAGAAGUUAGGCGAGUAGCACAGCUGGAUUGGAGAAUAAUUGAAGAAGAUUGUGAGAAGCCAUUUAUAGCUUCAGACUUAUCAUUCACGCCACUUCCAGUGAUGCAUGGAGAAGACUAUGUAUGCCUUGGUUUCCUUUUUGGUGAAAAAUCAAGAGUGGCGUAUAUAUCUGAUGUAUCACGCUUUCCUCCAAACACCGAGUAUGUUAUAUCAAAAUCUGGUGGUGGACAAUUGGAUCUCCUUAUCUUGGAUACGUUAUAUAAGACAGGAUCCCACAACACCCACUUAUGUUUCCCGCAGACACUAGACACAAUCAAAAGACUGAGUCCGAAAAGGGCUCUUCUAAUCGGAAUGACUCACGAGUUUGAUCACCACAAGGACAACGAGUAUCUUGAAGAAUGGUCUAAAAAGGAAGGGAUUCCAGUAAAACUCGCUCACGAUGGCUUGAGAGUGCCAAUAGACCUAUAAAGAGGCUUGAUUAUCUAAGUUACAAGAUGAGAUGCUUGUGGGUCUUUCUACAGAGAGGGAGAGGCAGACAUGGAGAAGAAAGAAACGGUUUUGUUCAAGAUGAUGCAUUUACUCACAUGGCUUGAUAUCAACAUUAUCACUAAAGAUUUUUUUCCCCAGAUUCACAUCACUAGCUGUUAUAAUAAAAAGUAAAAACAGAGAAUUUUUAUUUUUUUUUGUUUCUUAACCAAUUCACAUCUUCAAUUGUCUUUGAUAUUAGUGUACCGGUUUAGAUAACCGAGUAAUUUGUGUGCAAUUAAACCAAAACCAGUGUGUAUAUAAAGAGACUCUGUAACGGAAUCUCAUAAUAACAGAAGCAACAGAUUUUUUCUCAUU